AUGUACUUUGAUAUGUGCCAAUUAUGUGAUUUAAUGGAUUUAAAUGAACCUCUUAUUGCCUCUGAAUGUAUAGUUGGUCACUACGUUGUAAGAAAGGAAUUAGAUUGUAUCAAGGAUAUCAAAACGAACGAAGUUUUCAAAGUGGCAUCUUUUUCAAAAGAUUUUAAUGAGAUUACCUUAAUUUCCAACACCACCAAUAAGACAAGGGAGAUUAGUAGAAGUGAAGCAUUUGAAAUGCUCCCAUGUGUUGUUGUCAAACUCCCUGAUGAAGAGAAAUAUAUUCCUGUGCAUUAUUAUGCAUAUCAAUACUUUUAA